AUGGCUGCAAUAAGUACAAGAGCUAAAUCUCCCACGCGUUCUGAAGCGAUAUCUAAAGCAUUAAAACCACGACCUGUGUACAGUCCUGGAGUUUUAUUAGGCAAUUGGGUCGAAGAUAGAAUAGAAUGCCCGAAAGGCGGGACAUUGUACUUCCCACCUGAAAUUAAUAUUGAGUAUGACAAGCUAAAACCAGAAUUAAGGCAAUCGGAUUUUCGCGUUAACAAACUAAAUAGCUGGCAGGGUAAUAUCACGGAGUGGGGUCUUAAAAAAUAUCUAGAACACGAGUGGGCUUGCAGUGAUGUAUCAGACUAUAUGACCACUCUCUAUGAAGACACCUAUGCUCCUCCCCAACCUUCGCAGUAUUUGCAGGGACCUGAUCGUAAAGCGCGAAGUUCGUGA